AGUGCGGCGGGAGCCUCUGCGACGGUGGACCAGCAGGAGCCACCUACUAGUGCAUUGGGCUUGCCGUCGCUGGCAAAGAUGCAGACCACGGAACACAUGAAUCGGCCCAUGCCGUUCCCACAGAAUGGGAAACUGGAUAUGUCACAAGUCGUGCUGCUGUCCGAUACAGUCGGCAACGGCCUAAUAGGUCUCCUGGGCGGUGUAGGAACCGGCGGGGGCUUCGUCCCAACCGGAGGCGCAUUCGCCACUAUUCGCGAGGAGGAUGAGGACGGUGACCCAGGCAUAGGGGACAUGACCAUCGGUGGCAGUUCUGGAAGCGGAAAUAGGACCAAAAACGGCGUCUCCGUAGACGACGCUGAUGAAGACCCAGACAUUGGCGAUGCGGGCAUCUUUCCGGCAACCAAAGCCGAGAUUGCAGAGGCACGAGAAAAAGCGCUGGAAACGAACGUGCGGAUGUUUGAACCCAUAUCAGGUGAAAAAAUUGCAGCAGCACCAGACACGCAGGGUCUCAACCAGACCAAAGGCAACGGUAGUGAUGCAGGUGGUGGCACAGUAGGAGAGAAGAAUGGAGUAUCGCAGAACCGACAGUCUACGAGUAGCGGACCGGGUCCAGCACUUCCGGAUCCCAACGCGGAAAGCCGGUCUAGCACAAAAAGCGGUAGCUUUUCGCCACCAAAGGCACCUGCAGGCGUGCGGCCGCCGUCGCUGUCAGCGCGACCCUCUAGCUCCUCGUCCCCGGACGGCGACUCGCGGAGAAGCAGCAAGCGAGCGCCGCCGUUCGCACUUGACAUGCGCAAUGUGGAAAGCGGCGUUGAUCCGCGUCUGAAAUUCCUGGAAACUCUGGUCGGUUUAGUCGUUCGUCCCCACUGCAAAGACCUCAGCACUGAGGAUCACAAGUACCCGAGCAGCGUCAUCGAGCCACACACAGGGAAAGUGCGACAGUUUUUCUCGGCUUUUGUAGACGGUUCCAUCACACGCGAGCUGCCAAUGUCGUUCGAGGGAGAACAAUUCAGCUGGCAUCGAUUGUCGGAACUGCGCAGCUCUUACCUGAACAAGACUGUCGUAGUACAGGUAGUUCUUCCUAUUCCAAGUAAGCUAUCACCUAUGGAGUAGAAACAGUAACAAAUUGUGUGAAGAUAGGGAGUGUUGAGGCAGUAUAGAAGAUACUCAUUUGUUCUAAUCUUAUUUUCAAUUGCAAUCAAUGUCGCUCAAAACAUUUGUUCAAGCGAAAUAGCCCUUUCGAAAAUACACACGACCACAGGAUCCGAGAAGGGACCGCAAUGCUGCGCCGGACUUGAGUCGAAGGCUAGAUGGCGACAUCGGUGAAAUUCUCAGCGGGGAUAGCCUCAAAAUGGUAUGCUGGGCAACCGAUAUAAGAGACAGAGAACAUAAAGACGAUGAAGUCAGACAGGAGAUCGAUACUCUGCUCCAAGACUAUCAAACGCUUAAGAACAGCCUUGCCCGCAAUCGCGCCGACGAGAUCGCAGCCUACUACGGUACAGUCUCUUAGCCUUUUUUUUCAUGUGUGAAAACGCAGCAAAUCAUCGGAUGCAAACUAACUGGAUAGCAAAUCAGGAUUUUUAUGUCGUAUCAUUGAAAUUUUUGUUGUGUCUCCAAAUUGCUUUUCCAAAAUUUUUCUUAUUUUCAGGUUACGAAUUUCAUCCGUCGUACAAUUGCUUGUACCUGUACUCUGAGUACAUAGACGGUGGCACUGUUUGGGACCGAAUAGCUUUGAAGCGACUAUCGAGAAGACACGAGAUUAUGCGAGCGGAGAUCGGCAUAUCUCGAGAUAACAUUGACCCUGGGAUCCUCGGUUUGGCGGAAAAGGAGGUUCAGUUCAUCACGACACGAGUCGUAAAAGGGUUGGAGCAAUUGCACUAUCUAGGCGUGUUUCAUGGGGCUCUGCGGUGCAGCAACAUCGGCAUCAAUCGGCGUAGCGGCAAGGUGCAGUUAUUGGAUUGGGGCGUCUCCAAGUUGCGCACCUACUGCAACGACGCCGCAAUGAGCUACACAGCGUGGAACUGUCGCUGGAUGGCACCGGAACUGCUGAAUGAAGGCAGCGGGGCGCCUGGCGCAGCCUUUAACAUCUCCGCCAUGAGCAAGAAGUCAGACUUGUGGUCCCUGGGUUGCUGCGUGCUGGAAAUGCUCAUGGGUGCAGCGCCAUACUCCUCAGUGGCCAGCGUGGCGCGAGCGACGCCACAGCAAACCUUGUACUGGCUGCGAUCCGGCGAACACGUCCCACCAGCCCCCGAAAAGUUCACGACAGCGGAGUGCCGCGACUUUUGUCAGAUGUGUCUGGUGUGGGAUGUUGAGAACCGAGUCGAGACGGGCAGUGAUCGCUUCGUGUGCCAUCCCUUCCGCAAGCCAAGCUUUCAGGCAAGGUAUGAAGCGCCGAAGCCAGGCAGCACCAGUGGGACAUCCGCUCAGUCGGGCACAACGCAAGCAAAUAAUGCUAGUAAUUUUCAACAGCAGCAACAGGAGACGGGCAAGAGCGCUAGUGCAGGUGGUAGCAAAAGCUCAGCAUCACCCGGUGCAGGUCCCGAUAGUCCAGCCUACAACUCAAGACAAUUCGUAACAGUGCGGGGCAGUGCGUUGCCGAUGGAUCCCCGCGAAUUUUUCGAAAGGCAGCGACAGAGGGGCGUAAAAUUGCCGCCGACGGAGAAAUUUGAUGGCGCAGCUCCCGCAAAAGUGGCGCCAGACGGAAAGGCAGACGCGAAACCAAAGAAACCGCGGCCUCCAGGGGCCCAGUUGGAUCCGGGAAUGCCAAGGCCUACGAGCUUCCACAAUUUACGAAACAACCCAAGAGUCGCGCACAGAGCUGGCAAUAGCCCAAGUCCACCACCGCUUGCUCGCGUAGUGGCGUAGCCUGUCUGUUUGUCGCAUGACUUGGCUUCGUGUUUGUUAUGUAGCAAGCGAAGUCUACGAUUCGAUUGCGCGACCCUACGCACAGUCGUGGAAUCUUCCAUUUCCCCUUUUUUCGUUUCUCUGGAUUCUCUUUCUUUUUUGUCUAGAGAAUUACCCCUGAACGUGAUUGACCCUCAAUUUUCAGUAGGUCGGUGCAACUACUUAAAUACUGACAUAGAGAUUACAUUAGGCCCAUCAACAUGGCCACCUCCUCGUUGUAUUGGAUGUGAGGUCUAUCGGACGAAGACAAAGACGCGUAGGCGAGUAUUGGAUCAUUUGAUGACCUGCAGAUGACGCAAGCUGUGCUCACCUAUUGAUCACUGGGGAGCAUGUUGAUGGAUGAAAUCAAAUUCAUGAGGAGGAGGAGGAUGGGCAUCUCUAGUGCCGCGCU